UUGAAUAAUGUCUUUAGACAAGCUGCAAGUCGUCUUAUCGAAAGAGCUCGUUUUCGGGGAGCGCUCCACAAAGUUUUGGUUGCGCAACGGGCUCUAAUUGAUAGAGACCCUGACGAUCCUGAACUUCAGAAUGAUUUUGCGUUAACAUUCUUAAUGAUGGGUCGUGAGGAUGACGCAUUCAAAGUGUACAAUGAUGUGCUAAAACAAUAUCCAGAAAAUGGAAUGGCACAGGCAUAUUAUGGUUUUAUUCAAAAAUUGCGAGGGAAUCUGGACGAAGCGGUACUCUACAUGAGAAAGGGAUUUUGGGCAACUCAACGAAAAAUAACCGAUCCCAGGUUUUACUAUCAUUUUGGAGACGCCUUGACGCGACUUGGAAGAGCGCAAGAAGCUUAUGAAGUUUAUAACGAGGGAUCAAAAAUCGGAUUGUUUUUGUCACCGUACCAAAGAUCGCUACACAACUUUCGCGGACUGUCGGCAAAGCCAUGGUGGACGACCGAGCAGACAACAUACGCAAAGUUCUUGAAGGUCAUGGAGAAACAAUGGACUGUUAUACGUGAAGAGGCAAUUGCCCUAUUGAAAACAAAUCCAGAGUUAUUCAGUCCUGAAAAUCCAGAACUAACGUGGUUUGGAAAUUGGUCGUCCUAUUACUUUUAUCGUGGUUGGUCAUGGGAUGAUGUUAACUGCAUGAGGUCUCGGAAAACUUGCAAGUUACUGAGAGAAUUUCGCGAAACCUCUAAUAGUUCGAAAAGCGAGAUGAAAUUGUCUCUCUUGACAAGCAACUCUCGAGUUUGGCCACAUUGCGGUUACUCCAACUGUCGACUUCAAGCUCAUUUGGGACUUGUUGUACCUUCAGAAGCGCGGAUACGCGUCGCUGAUGAGAUUCGUGGUUGGAAGACUGGAAGGUUUAUCAUUUUUGAUGACUCCUUCGAACAUGAACUAUGGUUCGAAGGAGCGUCGGCCAACAAGUACUGUUUAGUACUGGCGAUUGACCUUUGGCAUCCGGAUGUCGCUUCUGAAAGACGAGUUGAUCUCGGCUCACUAUAG